AAAAAGGUAGUAAGUACUAAGUAGCGAAUUAGCGAUAGUCUGAUAUUGACAUUUUGCAAUAGUAGUACCUAUUUUAUUAAUUUAAGAAUACUGUUUACUAAUAUUCAUAAUGGGCUUAAAAGAAGCUGCUAUAUAUUUAGAUAAUCAGUUCAAUACAUAUUACGCGGGCCAAACUGUUAACGGAAGGAUAGAAUAUGUUUUUGACAGUCCAAAAAAAGUUAGAGGUGUACACGUAAAGUUUAAGGGCGAGGCUCAUACCGAAUGGAGCGAAAGUAAACAAGAAGAGGAUGCAGAAGGCAAGACACAAUCCACUGAUACUCUUCAUACAGGAAAUGAGGAAUACUUUCAAAUAUCAUAUUAUUUAUUGGGUAGCAGUUCAGGUAAUGAGAUAGAGAUUCCUGCGGGCAAGCAGGUGUACAACUUCACAUGCGCUUUACCACCCGUCCUGCCGUCCUCCUUUGAGGGCCAGUAUGGCUUUGUUAGAUAUACGGUGAAAGUAACUCUGGACAGGCCAUGGAAAUUCGAUCAGGAAACUAAAAUGGCAUUUACAGUCAUCAAUGCUUUGGAUUUAAAUCUUAAUCCAUCUUACAGAGAGCCCAUUCAUUUUCAAAUGGAAAAAACAUUCUGUUGUUUCUGCUGUGCGUCCCCACCACUCUCAGUAGACGUGCGGGCCCCUGUGUCAGGAUACUGUCCUGGACAAGUGAUUCCAAUUACAAUAGAUAUUGAAAACAAGAGCAAUGUGCAAUUGCAUCUUGUUAAGGUUUUCUUGCGAAAAGUGGUGACAUACAGAGCAACAUCUCCGUCUACAGUGACCAAGAAGGCUAAGGAUGUAAUUUUAACAAUCCAGGAAGGCCCAGCCCCGGCUGGUUCAACUAAACACUGGAAUAUUACCAUGGAAGUACCUCCGAUACCUCCUUCGAAUUUGGUCAAUUGCAAUAUUAUUGACUUAGAUUACGAUCUAAAGGUGGAGUGUGUCGUGCCCACGACACACAUCAAUAUGAAAGACCGCAAGUAUAUAACUAUUGGGACGGUCCCAUUGGUGGGGAUGGCCGGUCAAGCGGUACCACAGCCGUCGGCGCCGAUGAUGCCCAGUGACGGCCAAACUUCCCCCACCCAACCCGCCGUGCUGCCCGUGACGCCUGGACAACCUGCACAACCUGGAAAUAUGGCGGGCGGCGGCUGGGCGCUCCCCGGGCAGCCCGCGCAGCCCCCGCCCUACCAGUCGCUGUACCCCACGCUCACGGAGCCGGUUUACAAAGUGUCUCCAUACGAAGCGCGCACGAUCCAAGACCGCGGCGAGAGCGACGCGAUGGCCAUAGCCGGGCCCCCCCGGUUCGCGCCCUUCUACCCCACGUAUGCGGCCGUGCAGCCCCCUCCCCUCCCGCAGUAGACUGAAAGUGUUCAAGAAAUCAAAAGAUCCUGGAAAUAUUUUUUACAUACAGAUCACUGUCGGUAAUAAAAAGAAACUUGUCCUCCACUGAUACGAAAUGAAAUUUGUUGAAGAAUAGAAAUGAGAAAGAAGUUCAUCUAUCGUCAUCUAUCGUCAUCUACAGAAGUGAUUCAACGAAGUUACCGCGAGAUACUUUUCUGACAAAUUAAGAACAAUAUAUGUUACUCUACUCCGACUCAAAUUAUGGUUCAUGACGCGUUAUAUUUCGUAUUGUAACUGACGACCUCACUUUUAACCGCCGCUCCGCCGCCGUGACGUCAGCCGCCAGCGGGCCUUUAGUUAAACAAUGACUUCUCUCAUCUCUCAUCAAAUGUAUAACGGUGGAGAGAAGGCACAGCCUUGCUUAAUCUCUAAAACACCACAGUUUUAUUAAAUACUAGUUGUCGGCCUCGGCUGCGCUCGCGUAUAAGAGUGGUCGUCAGUGGGGCUAUUACUUUUUUAUUCCUUUCAUCUGUGGGGCUAUAACGGUUAGAGCAUGGCUACUGUUCCUCUUAAAUAUUUGUUUCAGAUUGUUAUAUGUUGCAGUCGAUAAAUGAGUACUAUGGAGUAUUAUGCUACUGCAUAGGUCCAAAAUACUGAUUUAUAAUAUUUUGAUUUGAUUGAUAUGAACAAAUAUUUGAUAGCAACAAUUCACUUCAGUGGUUUGGUCGUGUUAGAGUAACAGACAGACACACAGACAGUUACUUUCGCAUUUAUAAUAUUAGUAUAUAUAAACGCAAUUGUAAGCUUCAAUUCAAAUAUUAACGUCGAUGUAAAAGCAAUGGUGGCCCACACACACACUGAUCGUAUAUCUAUAUCUAUGGUAUAUCUGUUUUAUAUAAAAAAAUAAUGUGAAUCUUCUGGGUAAAUCUCAUUUUGUAGUAAUUUAAAAACAAAGAAAAUGACAUACUGGUAUUUAUAUUUAGGUUUUAAGAUUUUUUUAAAUGUUUUAUUUCAUAAAAUCAUCAUAUAUUUUCUCCUAACAUACAACUAUGUUACUUAACUUUACUUAAAUUACACAUUUGGUGGUGGUGAUAUCUUUGAUUUGAUGUAUUUAAUACGAUGAAUAUAAAGGACACAAUGUAAAAAAUGCCAGAGCUUAUGUCAAUUGUAAGGCUUUAAAUGUAUAGAACUCCAUACUGCCUGUUUUUUUAAAGUAUAUGUGACAACCGCAUGGUAAAUUAUUCUUAUUAAAAUUACUAUUAAAUGUAUUGUUACUGAAAUUGUUUUAAAUUAAUGAACUUUAAGUAAACGCACAGUUCGCAAGUAUAUACGUGUAGAUGUUUAUAUUUUAUUGGUAUAAAAUAGUAUAAAGAGGAAUUAUGAUAUAGUAAUUUUGAUGUGCUUUUAUUCUUUUAAACAUUAAUAUAUACAUUAAUGUUUUAUAUAUAUUUAUUAUAGUUAUAUUAAUGUUUUCGUCCAGAUUUUUGAUGUGCUAACGUUAUGUUUUAUGAUUUCGGAUAUUUUAUUAACCAAUAUAUAUGUUAAGAUUUAAUUUUCAAUAUUAAUAUCCACAAUUGUGAGUAAGUGAGUAAAGAGACAUUUAGAUAUGUCUAGACAAGGUUUGUUCAUUACUUUUGUAAUGUGUGGCUCGAACUUUAUUUAUUCGUAUAGAGAAGCUUUAUUAUGAUAAUUAUCUUAUCUGAUUAUGAAUACGUGUUCUGUAUCACGUGAUUAUUUAUAAAAAUUUUUAUAUUGCAGGCUGUGUUGCUAGUAUCGUCAUUUUAACUCGUUUCGCUGAAAAUCUCAUUUUUUUAAAUAUAUUUUACGUCAACGGCCUCAGUAUUAGCAUUUUACAAAAUUUAUUAAUCUGUUAUAAAUAAAUUAUAAUACAUUUUUA